AUGUCGUACCAUAACUAUCCGCCACCAUCCCAAUACCCUCCCCCUCAACAGGGUUAUUACCCACCCGGACCGGGGCCCCAGCAUAACGCACCUCCUCCUCACAGUCAACAUGGUUACCCAGCUCCUGGGCAAUACCCUCCUCCAGGUGGACCUCCGCCCGGGCCUCCACCUCCUGGACCUCAGGGAUAUGGUGCGCCAUACCCACCAAAUGGCCCUGGGCAUCCCCAGGGGUUCGGAGGUCCCCCGCAGCAGUACGGAUAUCAGGGUGGUUAUGCACCACCACCACCCCCUCAGGGCUUCCCACCACAACCAGGACCCCAACCAGGAUAUGGCGGCCCUCCCCCCUUUGCCACUCCCUCUGCCCCUCCUUCACCAGGGUAUAUCCCCGGACAAACUGCCAUUGGAGACUUCCGCCGUGAAGCCGACGCGCUUCGCAAAGCCAUGAAGGGAUUUGGAACAGACGAGAAAGCCCUGGUUCAGGUCCUUAGCAAGCUCGACCCGCUCCAAGUCGCUUCAGUCCGGGCAACCUAUUCCUCCCAUAUCCGCCGUGAUCUCUACGCCGACGUCAAAUCCGAAACAAGCAGCUACUUCCGCCAGGGUCUUCUCGCGAUUAUCGACGGUCCACUCCACCAUGACGCCGCAUCCGCCCGCGACGCAGUCCAAGGCGCGGGUACAAAGGAAUGGCUGCUAAACGACAUCCUCCUCGGCCGCUCAAACGCCGACCUCAACGCCAUCAAAUCCACUUACAACCAAAUCUACCACCGCUCCAUCGAGCGCGACGUUGACGACGACCUCUCUUUCAAAACAAAAACCCUCUUCAGCCACGUCCUACGCGCCGCACGCAGCGACGAAACGAAGCAGGUGAACUACCCCGCUCUCCAGUCCGAAGCACAACACAUCCACAGCGCCACGGCCUCGCGCAUGGUCAACAACGCCGACGAAGUCUCCGCGAUUUUCGCCCGCAGCUCGAACAAUGAACUCAAGGCCCUCAGCCACGCGUUCCAGCAACGCUACCAUGUUUCGCUUGAGACACACAUCGAGAAAGAGUUCUCCGGCCACAUGAAAGACGCUCUGCUGCAUAUGCUCCGGACCGCGUUGGACCCUGCGAUGCGUGACGCGAUUAACCUUGAAGAGUGCAUGAAAGGCAUGGGGACGAAGGAUGAGAGGCUGGUUGUUCGUGUUGUCCGUGUCCACUGGGACCGUCAGCAUCUUGCGAAUGUUAAGGCCGCUUAUAAGCAUAAGUACAAGCAGGAUCUCCUGCAGCGGGUGAAGGGUGAGACGAGUGGUGAUUAUCAGAGAUUGUUGAUUGCUUUGUUGGAGUAA